AUGGACUUCACCCGCCUCCGCCUGUCCGGUCCGCCCGCCACGUCUCCCCGUGUCGUCGACGCGCCCUCCAGUCCCACCAAAUCCGUUUACCUCGACAUGGACGAGACGACGCCCACGUCCCCGCAGAUGCUGUUUUCUGAUUUCCACCACACAGACGAGGACGGCACCAACAACAAGGACGACACCACCAUACAAGCCACCCCGACAAGCACGGUCAAGGCGGUCGCCCGCCGCACCAACUUCUUCGACCCUGACAGCAGCGACGACGACGACGAAGAGGACGAGGAGGAGCUAACGACGGCGGACGAGCUCGGCUUCUCGCAGCGCCACAGCCUGGCAUCAUCCGUCGCCAACGAGGGCAUGAACAGAGAUGGCGAGUACGGUCGUCGUGGCCGAUCGCUUACCCGUUAUUCCCCGGCGACGUCGGCGAGUCCGACCACGACUGCCACGACGACAACGACGCAUGCUGCUGCUGCUGCUGCCGCCGACGGUGGCGAUGCCCAUCACCAUCACCGCAAGGACGCGUUUUACCUCGGCGUGCGGCCGGAGGAGUACGCGUUUGUGUGCGGCGAGCGGCCGGCGUCGUCUACGAUUCCUGAUGACGACGAUGACGACGAUGAUUAUCAUCACGCUGACCGUCGAGGGCCUCAUCGUCCGGUAAGCCCGUCGCCGCAGCCGCCGCCGCCGCCUCUUCAGAGCCAUGAAGGAGGGUUGUUUCUCGACCACGGAUACAGCAGGUACGACGUGCCGGAUGUGGUGGUGGAGUCGCCGCGGGCACAGCAGCAGAGGCAGACGUUGAGGGGCGAGGGCGUCAGCCCGAAGCACGUGCCGUUCGGGGCGCCGGACUUGGCGGUUGCGGCGAGGAGGGUGUUGAGCGAGCAGAGGAGGAAGAAGGCGGCGAGGGAGAGGGAGCGGGAUAGGUUUGUGAAAGUGAAGGCCAGCAGCAGUGUGUUGCCGUACUCGGCGAGCGAGUACGAGGAUGGAUCGAUGAUGGAGGGGAGUGGAGGGAAUGGGAAUCUGCAGGGUGCGGCGCCGUCGUAUGGGUUGGGAGUGAGCGGCACCGCUCUUGGAGACGGUGUGGGCUCGGAGAUUGUUGGAGGGAAGGACGUCGUCGAGAGAGUGCCGGAUGGCUUCGAGAAGGCCGGCAACGAGGAGGCUGCCGAGACGCAGUCACUGCAGGACAAGACCGAUAACAACAUCCUAGGGGUGCACGCGAUCACCUUACAGGCGUUGUUGCGGAACGAGGAAGGGUUGCAGGCGAACGCUUCUUCGGUGAGACGGAAGAGCGCAUCAUCCGAGUUCAGCCGGAGGGAGUUUCUGAAGUCGCAGAGCAAGUCGCAGCUGCUGCAGGACUCUGCGAUGUCUCUUCCACCGCCCGUCCCUCAGAUACCGCCCAUGGCCCAGAUCCAGCAACCGAAGAGAGUUUCACUCGUACCACCUCCAAUCGAUACAAGCAGGUCGCCUGGAGGCAAAAGCGAGGGCAAGGUCAAGACGCCGUAUCCGUUCCACCAUCACAGAAGAUUCCCAAAGACACUUGGAAGUCCUGGUCUACCGCCACCGGCACAAGACAACAUACUCACACUAAGCAUACGUCGGCGCACGGGCGUACUGUCGUCUCGUGUGGCGCGAGUAACACUUCCAGCCGAGCUCCUGGGAGGGAGUGCGGCAGGCGGUUUCAGAAACGAUGACAUCGCCCCGGAAGAGCUACCUCCGCCUCUAUUCGACGACGCGGCCUUCUUCAAGCAGCUCCGCAUCGAGUACGCCCGCCUCGCCGGCCGCUGGUGGCGUUUCUUCAGCGCUCGCUCCCUACGCCGCAUCACCGUCGGCCACACCAGCGCCUGGUCCGCCACCGAGAGCUGCCCCAGCCCGGCUUUCUGCGGCGGGGGCCGCUGCUGUCCCGCCGCGGGAGCAGCACACGGUGGCAACAGCUUUCACCAGCAGCAGCAGCGGCAACAUGGCUGCUCAGCAGCAACGCCCAGCGGCAUCUACCACGUCCGCAGCCCGCGAUACCUGGCCAGCCAGGGGCUUAAGGACACGUUCUCGGAGGAAAACCUGCUCGCGCAUUUCCGCAAGCCGCGGCUGGGCCGCUACAGGUUCGCGUGGGUGCUGUGGGCGAGCCGGAUGGCCGGCUUGCACGAGCAGCAGCAGCAUACGGCCCACCUCUCGGGUUGGAGGGGGGCGGCGGCGGCGGCGGCGGCGGCGGCGCCGCCGCAACGGCGAGAGAAGGACGCCGUCUCUUCCUGGCGCGACAGGGAGCUGCCGCCGACGCCCGCGGGUGCUGCCGGUGCUCACGGGCGCACACCGAGCACUGCCAGCACCGCGUUUGCGGCCGCGAGCAGCGAUGACGAUGAUGCCAAAGACGGCUUCUUCCUCGCUCAGGCGGAACUCGGGGUGGCUGGCGGUGCUGCGGGCAUAGGCCCCGGUCACAGCGUCGCGACGCUCGAAUUCGUCGAGGGCUGGAGCGUGGCGAGGAUCUUGGCGGCGGUGCUGCUCGUGUUGCUGCUGGCGGCGGCGGGCAUCGUGCUGUGGACUCUGUUCGGCACCGGCACUCUGGUCAACGGGUUCAGAGGGAGUGGCGCGAGAGUGGGCACUGCCGUUCUAAUCGGGACGGGGGUGCUGUUCUUUGGCUGGACGCUGGUGCUCGCGUGGAUGGGGGUUAGUUGGUGCGUUGUGUGA